CAGGCCCCGCCCCGGCGCCGCGCCGCGCGGGACCGGCAGGUUCCGGUCCGCACUGAGGGCUGGCGUCCCCGCCGAGCGCCUGCGCCCAUCGCCCGCGCCCGGCCCCGCGCCGCCCCGGCAGGCCGGCAUGGAGCAGGAGUGCCGGGUGCUCUCCAUCCAGAGCCACGUCGUCCGCGGCUACGUGGGCAACCGGGCGGCCGCGUUCCCGCUGCAGGUUCUGGGGUUUGAGAUCGACGCCGUGAACUCGGUCCAGUUUUCAAACCACACAGGCUACACACACUGGAAGGGCCAAGUGCUGAACUCAGGUGAGCUCCAGGAGCUGUACGAAGGCCUGAAGCUGAACGGCGUGAACAAGUAUGACUACGUGCUCACAGGUUACACGAGGGACAAGUCCUUCCUGGCCAUGGUGGUGGAUAUCGUGCGGGAGCUGAAGCAGCAGAACUCGCGGCUGGUGUACGUUUGCGACCCAGUGAUGGGUGACAAGUGGAACGGUGAAGGCUCUAUGUACGUCCCAGAGGACCUCCUUCCUGUUUACAAAGAGAAGGUUGUGCCGGUUGCAGACAUUAUAACUCCCAACCAGUUUGAGGCUGAGUUACUGAGUGGCAGAAAGAUCCACAGCCAGGAAGAAGCACUAGCGGUGAUGGACGUGCUGCACUCGAUGGGCCCUGACACCGUGGUCAUCACCAGCUCCGACCUGCCCUCNAAAACAAAAAGACACAUGCAGCUCCGUGGGGAGCUGACAGCCCUCCGGGCCAAUGGCACUCAGGGUAGACGCACGCUGGUCUGCACUAACACCUUUGUCACCGGCAAUGUCACUGCCUCUGUGUGCCUCUCUGAGAGCAUCAAGUAUGUGCCUGAGUGCAGCUAA